GGCUUUGCCUUCAGGCCAUCUCCGGAGAGAAGCAGCAAAGCUGAACCUCGGGCCACGUAGAUGCAAUUUUAACCCGAAGAAUCGCUUCUGUUCCUCAGAUCCCUUGUCAUUCUGUGGAGUCUUCGCUUCCGUCCAGUCCUGCAGGAUUUUUUUUUUUUUUUUUUAAAUCUCACAAAAUUCAAGUCGGCCUUUAAACUUAAGAUCGGUUUCUUCUGGUCAAGAGUGUGAAACUGCGUGGUCGGGAUCAAGCCAGUCUUCUCUUCGUUCCACCUUUGAAGUCCUGAGCUUGCCUGACGUCUAUAGCCCCACCUCCCUCGGUGAAGACUCUGAAGUCAUGUCUACUGGACCUAUCCCACCUGCAAGUGAAGAGGGAAGUUCUGUUUCAGCACCCAGUUUUAGGUCCAAACAAAGGAAGAUAUUACACCUACUUUUGGAGAGAAACACUUCUUUUACCACCCGUUCAGAUUUCUCUGAAUCUCCGAAAGACAAACUCCAUGACUCGGCAAACCUAAGCAUUCUGUCGGGAGGAACCCCAAAAUGUUGCCUUGACCUUUCGAAUCUUAGCAAUGGAGAGAUGUCUGCCUCUCAGCUUACUACUUCUGCUGACCUUGAGGACAAUGGUUCCUUGGAUUCAUCUGGACCUCUGGAUGGACAGUUAACUGGCAAGGAUUUUCACCAGGACCUUAUGAAAGGUAUCCCAGUACAGCUUCUUUGUAGUACUCCAAAUGCUAUGGAUCACGGCCACAGGAAGAUUGCAAAGCGUAGCACAUCUGCACGUAAAGAAAAUAUAAACACCAGCUUAAAGGCAUUGGAAUGGGAGGCACCUAGGACCCCAAGGUUUCGAAAAAUGCCUGGAGGUCCUCUGGCUUCUCCUCUGUGUGAGCUGGAAAUGAAGCACCUGGGCAGUCCCAUUACUACAGUUCCUAAGCUGAGUCAAAAUGUAAAGCUAGAAGACCAAGAAGGGAUUUCAGAAGACCCAAUGGAGUGUUCCCUGGGAGACCAGGACGCCAAGGGCUUAAGUCUAAAGAAGAUGGUCCCACUCUGUGACAUGAACGCCGUUCAGAUGGAGGAGGAAGAAUCUGGCUCAGAGCUUCUGAUUGGUGAUUUCUCAAAGGUGUGUGUGCUGCCAACAGUGCCAGGGAAACACCCAGAUCUGAAGUAUAUCAGCCCAGACACAGUGGCUGCUUUGCUGUCUGGAAAGUUCCAGAGUGUGGUCGAGAGGUAUUAUAUCAUUGAUUGCCGCUAUCCGUAUGAGUACCUGGGAGGCCACAUCCUGGGAGCCUUAAACCUGCACAGUCAGAAGGAACUACAUGAGUUCUUUCUGAGGAAGCCUGUUGUUCCUCUGGAUAUCCAGAAAAGAGUCAUCAUUGUGUUCCUCUGUGAAUUCUCCUCAGAGAGAGGCCCUCGAAUGUGCCGUUCUCUGAGAGAAAAAGACAGGGCUCUGAACCAGUAUCCGGCAUUAUACUACCCUGAGCUAUAUAUCCUCAAAGGGGGCUACAGAGAUUUCUUUCCAGAGUACAUGGAGCUGUGUGACCCACAGAGCUACUGUCCCAUGCUUCACCAGGACCACCAGGCUGAGCUGCUGAGCUGGCGAAGCCAGAGCAAGGCCCAGGAAGGGGAGCGGCAGCUGCAGGGACAGAUUGCCCUCCUGGUGAAGGGUGCAAGGCCGCAAUAGUGACUAUGACAGUGGCAGUGAAGACACUACAGACCCUGGACAGAAGGAGUCAUCUUCCGUGUCGCUAAUCCCAUGAUUAUAUCUGCAAACAUGGGCAGAGCCAGGCAGGCUGUAAAUGCCUUUCGUCCUAGCACUAAGGAGACAAAGGCAGGAGGAUCUUUGAGUUUGAGGCCAGCCUGGUCUACAUGUGACCUUGUCUCAAAAACAAAACAAACAAAAUAAAACAAAACCCAUUAAA